AAAAUCAUUCAAUCAUCCUCAAUUUACAAGGCAUUACCCUCUAACGUAAUAAUAGUAUAGCAUUACCUGCCUGUUCAUAUCUUCCUUAUCCAAAACCUAAUUUAUCAAUUUCUUCUACAACCUCCUCCAUGAUACCAAACAGCUAUCGAAAGCGUCAGCGCGUGCCUCACCGCCACACCUCUGCCACGCGCCUCUCCUCCACCGCCACUGUCGUCAAUUCUUUUUCCGACAAAACGGUCUCCGAAUCCUCCCAAAAGCUCCACCGCACCUCCUCCGCCGCAUCCACCAUCACUACCUCUCCCAAUGCCGUUACUUCCUCCUUCAAUGAUCCCUACACCGCUGACGUCUUACUCCGCCUCUUCGUUGAUCGUUCCCCAUUCGAUUCCGACGCCCCAUCCGACUCUUCCCGCCAAUCAGACAUCCAGAUCUAUCUCCACUCCGCCGUCAUCCGCCGCGCCAAAUAUUUCGCGGCGAUUUUAUCCGACUGUUGGCAACACCGAACGAACGCUGACGCCAAGAGCAACAAUGGCGCCGAAGGUUCCAGGAGCAAUGAUAACAAUAAUAACCUAGUUCAUUUAAACCUUGCCGUUGUCGAUGAUCCGAACUCUAUAUCCAUCCAUUUAACCGUCCUCCAACUGCUUUACACCAGCGAUUUCGCGACCGUCAUCGACUCAGCUUCCACCGCACUCGAGAUCCUCCCCGUGGCUCUCGAAUUACUCUUCGAGGAUUGCGUGAAAUCAUGCUUGAGAUUCCUGGAAGCCGUGCCGUGGAGCGAGGAGGAGGAGAAGAGAGUGCUGAGUUUGAUCCCCUUCUUACGCGAGGAAGAAUCGAAGGAACUUCUCGCCAGGCUUUCGCCGGGGAAAGAAGAUUCUUGCGAAGAAAUGUUGCACGGCUUGAUUUUAGCGGCGAUUCAUAACCAUCCUAAUAUGGCGUUCGUUAAAGCGUUUGUGGCUAAGCUUCUGAGGGAUUUUUCGUCGCGGGAAUCGGCGAGGAGGGUUUUGGAGAGGGCCUUCGAGACGAGCUUGAAGGUUGUGAAGGAGAGUUUGGAGGAGUAUACGAGCCCUGAUUUUAGAGGGGAUCAUAAUGAGACGGAGGCGAUCCAGAGGUUGAAUUUGCAUACGGCUAUGACUAAUGGGAGGCAUUUGUUGUGGUUGGUUGAGAGGAUGAUUGAGUUGAGGGUGGCGGAUUCAGCUGUGGUUGAAUGGAGUGAGCAGGCUUCAUUUACGGCGGAUUUGCAAAGAGCGUUUAGGGAUGAUGCUUGGAGGAAUAUUGUUCCGGGACUCCCUGCUGUCGUCCUCCGGUGUACUUGUAAGCUUGCCAAUGCUGUUGCUGCUGGAACAAUAUUGGCUGCUAGACAGGUUAGAAUGAAGCUUGUGAAAGAUUGGCUUCCUGUUCUGCUUGUGUGCAAAGACAAUGUGUCACCUAUGCUACCCAGCCAUAAACCACUGCACCUGGAAUUGGAGGAAACGUUCUUGAGAAUCAUCUCAACGCUGCCGAUGUCAGAUGCACAAGUAUUGUUGCAACAAUGUCUCAGCUUCUCAACCCGAAAUGUUGAAGAUUGCCCCCACUUAAUCACAGCUUUCAAUACAUGGUUUCGCAGAGCAACUCGACCUCCUCAACUCGAAAAUCUUGAUUAAAAAGAAUGGUACUUGCUUAUGGUGGUGAUAGGUGGUUACUGACCCCCCCUUAGUGUCACUCUGGUGAUGGAAGUUCAGUUUUUGUCUGUCCAACUUUUGUGCAUAUAGUAAAGUGGUGCGGUUACGUGUAGAGUCAAAACUGGCUUCUUUGUACAUAAAACUAGAUAUUCUCAAUCCCAAUGUUCCAAUGUAUGUAUGCAACAGAGGCAAAAAAAAAAAUAAACUGAAAGCUUUUGAUGCAGUUCCUUGAAA